GAGAAAAGUGCUGUGUGUGUGUUAUCAAACUAGUAGUUUCCCGCCUGGCUUGGUUCAUUACCCACCUGCUGCUUCUCCUCAGCAUUCGUCUUUCAGAUUCAUCUCGUACGAAACAAAAUGGACUAUGACUUUCAGAAUCAGUCCUUCCGACAGACGCAGAGCGCAGGAAGCAGUCCUAUAGUCUCGUCUACAGCUCAACGAACUCAGGACUCAAUGUACAUAGAUCUCUCAGAUUCAUCUUCAGCAGACCCGUUUUUAUUCUCGCAAGAGCACCGAUAUCCUGUCCCACAACCUCAACCCGUAUCAGAAUCCCCUCACUCUGAGAAAAGACGACGAAUACUAACCACUGAUAAUUUGCACCGGCACCAACAACCUGUACAAACCUAUGUCGCCCAUGAACAGUUUUGGCCGCAGUUACCAAUGUCUUCAGGAACACCUGUUCAGAAAGAUGAGACGCCAAAUCAACUGAACACUACGCCGUCUUUUGAACACCUCUCCAUUCAUUCUCCUCAUAAUGCGACUAAUCUAGUGCGAUCGUUAUCAUCUAGCGGUGUACCUUUUCGAAAUCCCUAUACACCACUACCGACGGAUAGAAAUGUAGCUGUGUCUCCUAUGGAUUAUAGCAGAUUGAUGUUGGCACGACAGCAGCAUCAAGCCGUAUACAACCAAAUCAAUCGUCAAGGUCCAGUCGCCAUGCUGAGUUCACCAGCAGCCAUACCAACCGUGGUGACGACCACAUCUUCUUCACACACUAGUACAGACGACGACGAUGUGAUUCUGGAUGAAGAAAUGACCAAUAAGAACAUUUGUCUAGGCAUGGUCAAAACCGAUAUUGUUGCUAUCAAAUCUAUUGAACUUGUCAAAGAUGAAGGUUACGAAGCUAUUCAAGUUUUGAAUGAAGGUCGACGCGAUAGAACUGGAAACUACUCCUUUGUGGUAUCGUCAAGAUCUCCUCCCAAAAAGUUCUUUGGAUGGCUUCCCUUUGAAGAUACCAAAUUUCUUGGCCCUAUGGCCGAUGCUGGCAUGAUAUGGUGGGAUGCAGUAAUUCCUCGAAACAAAUCAAAUCAACAUCGCACACCAGUGUAUAUCAUUCUGUACUGUCAACCAGCCAAUGUCAAGCUCAUUAGUGCCAACCUCUAUCAACAAAACGUCUACUUAGAAGAACCUCCUUUUUUUAAUCCUUCCACUCGAUACAAUAACCCCAACCCCGUGCCGACCAAUACAUCCAGCAGUCGCUCCAAAUAUUCUUACGGUGCUAGUGCUUACGAUUCUGCUAAUCAUGGCGCGGUCGAUCAAACAAAACAAGAUAUAUCAGAGCUUUUGGAUAGUAUUCCAAGUUCCUUCGGUCGCAAACGAGCUGUUUCUCAGUUAUCUCAAUCAUAUAGAGACGAUAAUGGCACCAUUACCAUUUUAGAGGAUAAUGAGAUGCCAGAUGUUGGAGAUAUUGAAGAUGAUGAUGAAGAGCUAGAUGACAGUAAACGACACAUCGAAGGAUUGAAGAUUGCAUUGAUGAAGCAUCAAGUUCACGGAGUUAACUGGAUGAUUGAUCGUGAAGCCAACAAGAGCAGUAACGGUGGAAUUCUGGCUGAUAUGGGCUUAGGAAAAACCAUUCAAACCAUUGGAUUAAUUCUUUCGACUAUGAAUGCUGAUAAUCAACAGGAUACUGCGCAAUGUGUACCUCAAGAGCAAGGCUCAGUACGAACAAACGACACAGCUCCCAAAAAAUUGACUUUGAUCGUCACACCACUUGCGCUUAUCCAGCAAUGGGCAUCCGAGAUCCAAUCCAAGACAGAAGAUGGUAAACUAAGGGUUUUGAUCCACCACGGUCAAUCCAGAACGAAAGACCCAAAGCAUUUUUUGCAAUAUGAUAUUGUCAUCACUACUUACCAGGUGGUAGCGUCUGAUUUUCCGGCCAUUGAGAAAGGACGAAAGAAAAAAUCCGCAGCUAUUGACACGGACAACGAUACGCAGUCGGAACCUAGUUUUCAGAAUACGAAGAAACGGCGGAAUGACUUGGACGAUUUCGAUGACGACCCAACGAGUGCGGUGUCCUCACCAGGACAAAGCGCAUUCGAAGCAAGCAUUCUUCCCGUUGAGUAUGAUUCAGGCUUACAAAGUACCAGCGGAUAUGGGCCGCUUUUUCAAACAAAGUGGUAUAGAGUUGUAUUAGACGAAGCACAGCAAAUCAAAAACAGAAACACCCGUUCAUCCUUAUCAUGUACCAGCCUUGUAGCAUCCAAACGAUGGUGUUUGACGGGAACACCACUUCAGAACAAUGUCGAAGAACUCUACAGCUUGCUACGAUUUUUACAAAUACAACCCUUAGCUAAUUAUUCUAAUUUUAAAAAGACGAUAUCGGCGCAAAUUCAAGCGGGACACAGCAAGACUGCCAUGGCAAGGUUAAAAGCUGUACUGAUGGCUAUCAUGCUACGUCGUACGAAGAGUGUUUUGAAGGAAGAGCAGAUGAAUUCGAAAGAAGAGGCCACUCCAUCUGCGAAUCCAUCUCGAGCAACCACUCCUGGAGCUACAGGUUCCGAAGCGAUGUCUCCAGCUGCUUCUGUGGAAUCCGGUCAGUCAAAUGGCAAAGAUUCUGACGGUCCUCUGUCGACCAAGCUUACACUCAAACUACCUGAUCGAGAAAAGAAGGAUGUGUUUUUGGAUUUUUCACCAAAGGAACGAGAGCUAUACGAGAUGCUGACCCUGAAAACCAAAUCCACUGUGGAAAAGAUUUUCAAGUCUGGCAAAGACGAGAAAAAUUAUCUAAACAUGCUAUGUAUGCUGUUGAGGUUGCGACAAGCCUGUAAUCACCCACAGCUAGUCCUCAAGUCUAUGGGAGCUGAUGCUGAUGCGUUAGAACUGGAAACAACCAGCUUAAAGUCUAUCAACAAUAGUCGUCGAGAAGCGAAGGAAGCAGGAGAAGCGUUGGCGAAACGAGCUUUGAUGGCUAAAAUGGCUGUCGAUCUUGGUUGGGGUGGAGUUGCAGAACCAGGCAUGUCUGUCUUUGACAAGAAUCUACCAGGCAAGCGAUUUUGUGAGCUAUGCAGUCGAACGCUAUUCAAUUCCAACUCGGAUGCGACGUCGCCUUUCUGUUGGGAGUGCGCUGAACAAGUUACGAAGGCUGCUAUCCCACCACCUGUAUCGGAAGAUCCACCGGAAAUCGGCAAAGACGUGUCGCAACGCUUUGUUACCAGUGCCAAAAUCACCAAAUUGAUGGAAAUCUUGGAUGAGACCAGAAUCACAGCGCCAACGGAAAAAACCAUCAUUUUCUCACAGUUCACUGCCAUGUUGGAUCUUAUCGAGGAACCGUUGAAGAAAUGUGGAUUCAAGUACUGCCGAUACGAUGGCUCAAUGCCUAAUCCGCUGCGAGAGAAGAGUCUUAAAGCUUUAAAGCAUGAUCCAGAGACGACAGUUAUGCUCAUAUCGCUCAAAUGUGGAUCACUAGGAUUAAAUCUUACUGCCGCUAACAGAGUUAUUUUGACCGACGUGUGGUGGAACCCGGCGCUGGAAGAACAAGCUAUCGAUCGAGUUCAUCGUAUAGGGCAAACCUCUCCCGUGCACGUGGUUCGUCUACUUGUGAAUCAUACCAUAGAACAGAAGGUGGUUGCACUUCAGCAGAAAAAAGCUCGCAUCAUCCAUGGAGCACUUGGUGAUGGAGCGAUACAAAGUACCAAACUCACAACCCAAGAAAUUCGGAAACUUUUCGAUUUGUAAACAUUUGGUGUUGAACGGUCUACUAUUUUAUGUAAUUACUUGUUUAAUUUUCUUCAAAAUACCAUCUAUCUUUAAUACCUUUCUGUACAUCACAA